CCGUAGGUUGGAAACGAAAAAGCAAGUUCAGUCGCUGUUAAAAUGCCUGGUUUUUUGUUCUAUAUGUACUGAAAUAGCUAUGAAAUGUUCACUGGGCAGUGCUUUUCAAUGAAGUGUAUUGUUCAGCAAACCAGUCAAUUCUACUCAACAGCGUCCCGAGCUUUGUUCAAUUGCUAAAACUCAACACCUCACAUGUCCUCCUUUCCUCCAAAAUCAACGCAAUGAAUAUCAAAGUAUUGGGGUUGGUACUUAUCUUUGUCGUUUGUUGCAGAAUGAGGUCCAGUGACGAGUAUUACUAAUCGUUGAAUCUCCACGCUCUGCACCCAAAUCCUCAACCCUAAUACGAAGUCUAAAACCCCAUGACUCUACCGGCUGGACACACCACGAAAGGUGAUACAGAAACUUACUCUACUUACGCACACACACAUCCAUCGACCAGCAAUGAGGCAUUUCGCUAGGCAUGUUUUGGUGGUGAGUUUUAAAAUAAGGUUGAAAUAAAGUUCUCGCUUAGUCGCUUCUGUUUAAGCAAAAAACUACAAACGUUUUCAAUGUUUUGCUUAGUCUAUACAUUCGCACAAAGGUUGACUGGGCAAUUUCUGUAACUGGGUUGUGUCAUGCAAGCGACUACCCGCAAGUUUCUACAAAGUAUGCACCAGUCCCCUUCACUAACUGGCCCGCCAAAAUUAGCCUUAAAUUAGCCGAACAAGGGAGCUCCCUAGGAACGAUUUGUAUGUACUAGUAAACAGCCCUCAUUAUAUACAAGCUGUCGUUAGAUGGUCCGUUUCUUGACAUCACAUAUGUUUCAGUUUCAUGUCUGUGAUGGCCCAAAUCGUCGGUGACUAACUGUUGGUGAAAGCUCAAGGAACAGUAUAGUACCACCAAGAAACAUUCUUUCGUUAUUACCUCAACGAAAGAAAAACAAAAUUUGCCACGCGACUGUCUCGGACUCAGUUUUGUCAUCCGGCUUGCGGCAGUCCAUCUGUUGCACCCACGCCCCUUGUUGCUUUAAUACUGAGAUUGAUCAGUGGAGUUGAUCUCGACCCACGUAAGUAGAACGUGUGGCCCUGCUAGAACGCUCUUGUCCUUGAAUACUGUGUGCCACUCUGCUGUGCACCUUUCAAAUAUACUCGUCGCACACAUAUGAAUUACCCAUUGGAAGUUCCCUCGAAUGCGGACCGCUCCAGCGGUGUGGAAGUAAUUGAUGAUGACAAGGAAAAAACGUGUGUAAGCGAUGCAGAAAUUUCAACGAAAACAUUGGCUGCAGCCGUCUCGGCGGACUCGGUAGACGACCAUUCGAGUAGAGGUAUCCGAGGCCUUUUCAAAUUACAGAAGGCAGAACUUGGCGAGGAUACAGAGCCCAAGGACUCACGAACGGCAAGUUUAAAACCGCGUCAUUUGCGUAUGAUCGCUCUUGGCAGUGGUAUUGGCACCGGUCUCUUCAUUGCUUCAGGUAAUAUCCUCAAGAGUGGUGGCCCUGGUAGUCUGCUCAUUGGAUACAUUGUCAUGGGUGCCAUGGUGUGCUGCGUCGUUAAUGCUCUUGGCGAAAUGUGUUGCAUGUUCCCAGGCAAAUCGUCCUUCUCCUACUAUACCCGGCGGUUCACGGACGAGGCAAGCUCGUUCACCCAAGGUGUGCUGUACUGCUGUACUGCGAUAGUAAUGUUUCCGGCAGAAAUUACAGCCGCUGGUUUUGUUGCGCAACAUUGGCAACAAGCACAAAAGUUCCCUACUGCCGGGUGGAUGAGUGUGUUCUUUGCCUUCGUCGUUGUCAUAGCGUGUACCGGUACUCGUGGAUACGGCGAAACAGAGUUUCUUGCUUCCAUGCUCAAGGUUGCUGCCGUAGUCAUCUUCUUCUUCACAGCCAUUAUCAUCAAUUGCGGAGGCGCGCCCAAGGGUGGAUACAUAGGCCUUCGUUACUGGCACGAUCCCGGUGCGUUCAAUAACGGCUUUAAAGGUUUUUGCUCCGUCUUCAUUACCGCUGCCUUUUCACUGGCAGGUGUGGAAAUUAUAGGCAUUGCUGCAGGCCAAACAAAAAACCCACAGAAGGCCAUUCCCGGAGCCUUGAAGAGGGUAUUCUAUCGCAUCCUUGGUUUUUUUGUGAUCACCCUGUUUAUCGUUUCCUUGAAUGUCGCAUAUAAUGAUUCGCGUUUGGGCACACAAUCCGGUUUCCAUAAUGUUACAUCACCGUUCAUCCUUGCCAUUCAAGACGGAGGCAUUCGUGUGCUGCCAGACAUAGUUAACGCUGUCAUCCUCAUCUCCAUUCUGUCUGUCGCAAACACAAGCGUAUUCAUGGCGAGCAACACGAUUUAUGGAAUGGCGCUUUCACACCAAGCCCCUCCCGUGUUUACAUACGUGAACAAGCACGGCUUACCAGUUGUGGCCGUCGGCCUUUGCUUUGCGUUUGGUUUUCUCGCUUACGUUAACACGACCAAGGGAGGUGAAACGCUUUUCAGCUGGCUUACCAAUAUAUCCGGAACAGCCUCGCUGCUCGUUUGGAUCUCGCUGUCAUACGCUCACAUCCGCAUGCGUCUAGCCAUGCGGGUCCAAGGCGUUCCCGACGAUAUUAUGCCAUACCGUAAUCGUUUCGGCAUAUGUGCUAGCGUCUUCGCCAUCGUCAUCAAUUCCCUUGCUCUCAUCGCACAAAUUUGGAUUGCCAUUUGGCCGGUCGGCGGAGCCAAACCCUCUGCCAAUUACUUUUUUGAGCAAGUCAUUGGAAUCCCCAUCGGCAUAGCAGCAUGGUUUGGAUGGCUUCUGUGUCGCCGUACCGGAUUCCCUUCGUUGAAAGACAUCGACUUAACCACUGGUCGCUACGACCAGGGCUCCGAUUUUGAUAGGGAAACCUUCAACGAGAAGCUUCAUGGAGACAAACCCCAAACAAUAAGAGGUCGCGUGUACGACUUCUUUUGCUAAAAAAAAAAAGGGCUCGUGCUGUCACAAACAACCAACAACUGCUCUCUUCCUCCUAUAUAUGGACCUUUCCAGUUCCGUUAAUCACCUCUUUUCCCCGAAUGGCCGCCAUCAAGCAAUGGCUUUACGGCCCAAAUGUACUACAACGCCAUCUACGAAGGCAAAUAAAAACUGAAACAGCGAACCUUUCCAACGAAAAAGCGCUGACGCCCCAUUUAAGUAGUCCCCUCCAUCGUUUUCUUCAAUGUCACCCUUACAGACACCAACACAUCAAUACCUAUACUUUUUGGGCUUCAUACUAAGCAAUACCUUUUAUAUAUACUUCAUCGGGGCGGAGAUUUGUUCUAUGUAAUACGAUUCGUGUGCGGACUUUAUCUGGUCGGCAAUAGAUAGACCAGAACAAAAAGCCGCGUUGACAUAAACAAAGCAUAAAAAGAAACCGAGACAAAGCAAUUCUUUCGUACAAUAAAGAAAUCAUGUUUCGGACUUGAUUGACGUUCUUUGUUUUAUGGAAAUAGCACAAUUUGCGUAAUAAAGCUGUGAGAACACAGUAUCUGUCCAGGUCAGUAGAGCCGAUCUCCCUCGGUGACAAAGUCGCAAUGAUAGGAAGUUUGCUAAGUAUAUUCAUUCACCUGUUGCAAUAUACCCGUCCACUUAUGAGGCUAAAUUAUGUCAAUUUGUAAUGAUUGUUGUUGUAAUGUUUCUAUCGAUACCAUUAAUUGAAAUCAGAAAAUAAAAAUCAGAAAUGAGACAUUGAAACUUGAUAGGUUAAUAACAAGGUGUCAGGAG